CCCAAAGAUCCUCUAGCGGAGCUAGGGUCAUUGCGCCUGCCUGCUUCCUUACUUACACACACACACACACACAUGCCUGUGCAGGGCCCCGGCUAGUCUAGGACAACCGGGAUUUUUUUUGGCAGGAGGGGAUUUUGUUUUAAGACAACAUUUUAAACCAUUGACCUGGUUUUGUGCAGAGGACAAGGGGGACAAUGUUCAGCUUGCCGGGCAACGCUCUGACUGCGCUGUUGAGGUGGACGGGCCGGGGAGUGUGUGACUCUCGCUGUAUCACACGCCUGUAUCACAGCGAGGGAGGUGUCUACGGCUACAAACCCCAGGGAAACAACGACUGUGCAAACAACUCGCCAAGGGACGCCACCUCCUCACACCAAGUGGACCAUGGUUUAGCCCGUCUGGUGACAGCUUAUCGGGAGCAUGGCCAUAAAGCUGCUAAAAUCAACCCCCUGAUUGCAGGCGGGCAAGAGAUCAUCCCUGAAAUACAGGUCUUAACCGAGUCGCUACGGGGAAAUGAUCCCAUGUGCACCACAGAUUUGUCGGGCUUUGGGAAGGAUGAAGGCAGUCUAGAGGAGGUGCUGGCCUACCUGGAUCAGACGUACUGUGGACACUCCUCGGUUGAGGCCAGCCAGCUGGAGACCAUGGCGGAGAGGGAAUGGUUCGCUCAAAGAUUCGAACAAAUCAAGCGAGAAGCUUUAACACGAGAAGAGAGAAGACAUCUGGCUACAUUGAUGCUGGAGUCGCAGGAAUUUGACCAUUUCUUGGCGACAAAGUUCUCCACUGUGAAGCGCUACGGCGGGGAGGGAGCGGAGAGCAUGAUGGGGUUCUUCAACGAAUUAUUCCGCGUGGCGGCGCUCAGCGGCGUGACGGACGUGGUGCUGGGGAUGCCUCACCGAGGGAGACUCAAUCUGUUGACGGGACUCCUGCAGCUCCCGCCCGAGUUGAUGUUUCGCAAGAUGCGUGGGUUGAGUGAGUUUCCGGAAGGUUCCGCGGCCUCGGGGGACGUGCUGUCUCACCUGUCGACCUCGGUGGAGCUGGACUAUGGCGUUGAGCAGCCCCUGCACGUGGCCAUGCUGCCCAACCCGUCGCACCUCGAGGCCAUCAACCCGGUGGCAGUCGGCAAAGUCCGCGGCCGGCAGCAGUCCCGGCAAGAUGGAGAUUACUCGCCCAGCGCAAACGCCAACGCCCGGCCCGGAGACAAAGCCAUUUGUGUGCAGGUACACGGAGACGCUUCCUUCCCAGGGCAAGGGGUGGUUGCUGAGACCUUCACUCUGUCGAAACUCCCCCACUACCGAGUGGGUGGCAGCAUCCACCUGAUCGUCAACAAUCAGCUGGGCUACACCACUCCCGCAGAGAGGGGGAAGUCCUCGCCCUACAACAGUGAUGUUGGGAGGAUGGUCCACUGUCCGGUCAUCCACGUGAACGGAGACGAUGCAGAGGAGGUGGUGCGUUCCGCGCGGUUAGCCGUGGAGUACCAGCGACGCUUCCGCAAGGACGUGGUGGUGGACCUCCUCUGCUACCGGCAGUGGGGCCACAACGAGCUGGACGAGCCCACCUUCACCAACCCCAUCAUGUACAGGACCAUCAGAUCACGACAAAGUAUCCCCGAGCUGUACGCUGAGCGACUGGUGGCAGACGGCCUACUAACAGAGCAGGAGAUAUCCAGCAUCAAGACCUCGUACUUUGCCAAGCUAAACGACCACCUGAGCAACACCUUGUCCUUCUCCCCGCUGGCCCUGAACCUGCGGGGCCGUUGGAGCGGCUUGGUGGAACCCUCGUACAGGAUCACCACCUGGGACACGGGCAUGCCCGUCGACCUGUUGAAGUACGUGGGCGCCAAGUCUGUGGAGGUUUGCGAGGGAAUAACCAUGCACAGUCACUUGCUGAAGACGCACGUACAGAGUCGGCUCCAGAAACUGGAGGAAGCAACAAAGCUGGACUGGUCCACUGCGGAGGCCCUGGCUAUCGGAUCGUUGCUCUCUCAAGGGUUCAACGUGAGGCUGAGUGGACAAGAUGUUGGCCGCGGGACCUUCAGCCAGCGCCACGCCAUGGUGGUUUGCCAGGAGACGGGUAACGCUUACAUCCCCCUCAACCAAAUCAGCCCGGAACAAAAGGGAUUCUUUGAGGUGUGCAACAGCCCGUUGUCUGAAGAGGCGGUGGUUGGCUUUGAGUAUGGCAUGAGCAUCGAGAGCCCGCAGCUCCUGCCCGUGUGGGAAGCCCAAUUUGGCGACUUCUUCAACGGCGCUCAGAUCAUGUUUGACACCUUUAUCAGCGGAGGUGAGGCCAAGUGGCUGCUGCAGAGCGCAUUGGUUAUUCUCUUACCCCACGGACACGAUGGAGCCGGCCCGGAUCAUUCCUCGUCUCGCAUCGAACUUUUCCUGCAGUUGUGUGACAGCAAGGAGGAAGGUGUGGACGGUGACAAUGUCAACAUGUUCGUGGUGCACCCGACAUCGCCCUCCCAAUACUUCCACCUCCUGCGCCGCCAGAUGGUCCGGGACUUUCGCAAGCCCCUCGUCGUGGCCGCUCCUAAACAGCUGCUCCGUCUCCCGGCAGCAGUCUCCAGUUUAGACGAGAUGGCUCCUGGAACCACAUUUCAACCUGUCCUGGGCGAUUCCUCUGUGGAUCCAAAAAAUGUUAGGCGCGUGGUGCUGUGUUGCGGCAAACACUAUUACGCUCUGCUGAAGCACAGGGAGACGUUGGAGUCGGCGCGGGACACGGCGUUGAUUAGAGUCGAGGAACUUUGCCCCUUCCCACUGGAACAGCUGCAGCGGCAAAUGGAGAUUUUCAAACACGCUGGAGACUUUAUAUGGAGCCAGGAAGAGCCGCAGAACAUGGGGCCGUGGUUUUAUGUUGCUCCCAGAUUUGAGAAACAGUUAGGACUCAAGCUCCGGUUGGUCAGUCGCCCGCCUCUCGCCGUGCCUGCUGUCGGUAUCGGAACUCUUCACCAGCAACAGGUCCAAGACAUCCUCGCCGCGACCUUCUCCUGAAACCGAUCAACGCCGGCGUGUCUCCGUCUGCACGGCUUCCGAGAAAGACCUUCAUCGGAAUGUUCCCCAACGCUAUAAAUACUAAUAUUUUGCAAGCGCUUUGAUCAAAAUCAUGACCAUACAACUA